CUCAGCGAUGCAUAUAUAGGUGGACACAAGGCUCUCAGAGUCAGUGCGGCCUGGUCCAGCAGAGCGCGUGGGUCCCGUCAUGGAGAACACCUUCCCAGUCCUCAGAGGCGUCAACGACUUGCGUCUGGAGACGCACCCCAUCCCGCCCCUGGGCUCCAAUGAGGUGUUGAUCCGGAUGGCGCAGGUGGGGCUGUGUGGGUCUGACCUCUCCCUCGUCUACAAGGGUCGUCUGGGUGACUUCACCCUCACUCCACCCAUUGGAGUUGGUCAUGAGGCUUCCGGGGUGGUCGCCAAAUGUGGCCCAGAUGUCAAACAUCUCAAACCAGGUGACCGCGUGACGAUAGAGCCAGGAGGCCCGUGUCGUAGGUGUGACUACUGCACCAGCGGCAAGUACAACGUGUGUGAGGACGCCUGCUUCCACAACUCUGUAGCCCUCUACCCUGGCUGUCUCGCCCGCUACUACCUCCAUAAUGCUGACCUCUGCUUCAAGCUGCCUGACAAUGUCAGUGAUGAGGAAGGUGCGUUCAUCGAACCCCUGGCUGUUGCUGUCCAUGCUUGUCGUAAGGCAAAGAUUCAACUUGGUUCAUCUGUCCUCAUUUGUGGCGCUGGACCCAUUGGCCUCCUCUGCCUCUUGACAGCCAAGGCGAUGGGCGCCACUAACAUCCUGAUUACAGAUAUCAAGGAGAACCGUCUUAAGAUCGCUAAGCGGGUGGGGGCGCAUCACACGCUGCUAGUACAAGACAAUCAGCCCAAGAGCUUGGCGGCAAAGGUGAAGGAUGUAAUGGGGUGCAUGCCGCAGGUGACCCUCGAGUGUACGGGAGUGCAGUCUGGCAUUGUUACUGGUAUCUAUGCAACCAGGUCGGGUGGUGUGCUGAUGCUGGUAGGUGUUGGGGCGCCUGAAGUCACGCUGCCCCUUGUCCACGCCGGUAUGAGGGAAGUAGAGAUCAUAGGAGUAUACCGCUAUAUCAACUGCUACCAAAUUGCUAUUGAUAUGAUUGCCAAUGGACUUAUUGAUGUCAAGCCACUCAUAACUCAUCGAUUCAAGUUUGAGGAGUUCCAGAAAGCCUUCGAUAUGUUUCAUACAGGUGAAGAUGGAGCCAUCAAAUGCAUGAUCUCCUGUGAGUGAGAGAAUAAAGUCUGCAAUAUAUAUAAAGCAACAAUUA